AUGAAUGUCACUGAAUCAAAUACUGUUGUUGCUAUUAGUGGAACAUCUUUAACUUUGAAAUGUAUUUCUGUACAACAGCCCUCUUGUAAAAUUUCGUGGUCAUCUAAUGGCAUAAUAAAAAGUCAAGACCAGGGAAAUUUGACUGCCUAUGAAUUCACUCCAAAUGAAGAAGAUCAAAAUUCUAUAAACACAUGUACUGCAGUUUAUACAGGAAAGACAAUUCGGAAAAGUGUCCGAUUGAAUCUUGUACAUAAGUCUUCAGAACUAAGAUAUGUUUCUACAACAUUGGAAACCAUCAAAGAAGAACAAGAAACAAUAGCUGGGUCGUCUGAGAAGAACGAAAUGGUGAUAACGGUUGUUGUCAUCAUUCUUGUAACUGCAGGGAUAUUUAUCUCUGUUUAUAUCUUUCGAAACAAAGGUACUGAUAACAACAGCAAAAAGAAAGUUAAAAAUAAAGUACAGGAAGUACAGCAUGACACCCAGGGAAAUGUUCAGCAUAAUCAGAACCCCUCGGGUUUGGUUUAUAUCGAGGUAGACUUCGAACCAAAUCAGGAAAACCAGAAUGGUCAUAAGUUCUACAUUCAUGGUUCAAAUAAUCGAUCGCCAUAUGCAGCCAUAGACUUCUCUGCUAAAGCUGAUCCAUUACCAGAAAGUGAAUCUGAUGACAAUGAUAUUGAAGAAGACUACUUUAUUAUAUUAGAAGAUGUACAAUGA